AAUUAUUUGGUAAUCCGAAUCGCGAUAGCAUUUAGUCAAAAUGGCCCUGGACACGCAGUGCCCCCAUUCGCACCCUUGUCCCAUUAGACCAAAUCACCAAUGCUAUUCGGAUGUCGUUUGGUAGUUUAUUUUAAUUUUAGUUAAACUGUAGAAGUAAGUUUACAAACAUCUAGUAUAGUCCAUUCAAUUAUCUUUCAUUUGAUACUUUAUUUUGUCUUAUAAACCCAAGAAUAAUAUUUAAAAUAGUUUUUUUAAUCCCAACCUCUCACUUCUGGUACCAGGUACGAAUAGCAGCCGCAACCAUAAAUAUAUGGACAUGGAAAAUAAAUAUUUAAAAAAAACAAUCCAUUGAAAAUAUUAUUUGGAUACUCCAAUGAAGCAAGGAACACUCCUAGUAAAUUUGUAUCGGAAAUGGGCGUCGGCGCAAUAGAAUCCAAGUUUUUAAUUUUUCAUGUGCAUGUAAUUUGAAUAAAUUAGGAGUCCUUUCGGCCCAUAGUUAAGGUCUGACUCCGUCCAUUAACCUUAGGAGAAAUGUUGAACUACAUUCCCAUUGAGUUAAUUAUUUCUUUAUACUUUAUAUCAACGUUAAGUAAGGAAAAUCGUAUGUCAAUAUAAGGCAUCUUCGCAUUAAAAAUUUUUGUAUAAAUAUUCAAUGUAGGUCUUUCAUAUUAAAAGUAGGCCUGCAUAAUAUGUUGAAGUACAUGUGGGCAAAAUUUAAUUGAGAUAACUCAAUAAACAUUUUCACAAUUCUCCUCAACGUUGAUCUCAUUAAGCAAAGGUCGCAGAGGCCAUUUUGGAUUAGUGACCCCGCCCCCUUUUAAAUGGCGGAAAACGCUGAUACUUAGCUUAGGAAAUAUUCCUUAUUACCUCUAUGUCUAUAUACAUCAAAAUAUUUGAAAACUCGUGUUUCAGUAUGCAUUUUGAAGACAUUUAAACUAGAAUGUUUACAUUUGAGCUUUAAAAACCCGGCAGAGUCCAUAUUAUUAACGAUCAGAAUUGACCGUGUGCAAAAAGUCAUGGGCAACCAUUCACAGUACAGCCAUUUGCAUAAUGUUAAGCUGUUGUACUACCUCAAGUUUCAUUCUUAAGAGUUUGCCGUGUGCAAAAACUAUUAAUACCAUUGGUCAGGGAAAGCUUUAACUUUAAGUUAAUUAGUUAUGUGCCAAUGUUCAAAAUAAGUAGAUCCCAAACAACAUUUUAGGGGGUGCAUUGCCUUAUAUAGACUUUAUAGCAUAUACCAUGACGCGAACAGCGGAAUUGGGUCACAGAAUUUGGAGAUCAGGGGUGCCACUCACUGAAAGCUGUGAACCCUGAAAUCACUUUCUAAAAAUUUCUUGAAACCUGAAACUUCAUUUACAAAUUUUCAAUCCCUGAAACAUAAUGAAACUCAAAAUUCUUGAUUAUCGCAAUACGGCAUUUUGUUGAUUAUUAUAAAAACAAGCAUGAAAUUAUCAAAUAAAACAUUGAGAUACAUCACAAAUGAACAACAUUAAGCAAUUAAGGUGUAUACAUGUAAACAUUUAUUAGUUUAGUAUUUAUUAAAUUUACAGCAAUAGCAAUUUUUCAAUUUACUUAGACUUGAAAAGUCAACUUUUGCAAUGAGUUAUCUGGGCAUUUUAGAACAAACGUAUAGCUACCACAAGUGGAAAGUAUAUUUUUAUAUAUGGAGUUAAUGUUGUCCUCUUUAUGAUGAAAAUGGAUAGUUUGAAUCAACACACUUUAGCGUCUAUACUAUCUCCCAAGUGUGAGAGUUUCAUAGUUUGACACAUAAAUUUCAUAAAUUGAGAAGUUACAAAAGUGGACACCUAAGAUGGGUGAUAAAGCUGGUAUCAUCAGAUGAUUGACUCAGACAUUUUCCCCUUGAAUACUUGAUAUCAAUAUUUCCAGCAUAGUAUUCAUUGAUGGCUUAUUCAAUCAUGAUUGUCAAUUGCUUUACUAUAACUGUAAUGCCCAUCAGUUCUUUAAAGUUAAAGGAACUGUUAACUGUUGGGCAUUACAUAUUUUUAUUGAGCCUAGAUCCUGCAUAGUGAAACAAAAUAAAAUAUAUUAUCAUAUUAGAUUUAUAGUUUAUAGUAAGGCAUACAUAAUAAUAAUAUCGACUAUAUUACACCAGUAUUUAACUACGGCACUACUGCUACGGUAAUACAAAGCAUUAUGAAUACUAGUAAUAGUAGUAGUAGAAUUACAAAUUACCGUAAAGUAUACCCAGAGUCAGAACACGGGAGUGCAUAACUAAUAAAUACAAACUAACUAAAUACAGUCAGGCUCAUUACAGAACGGAUAAAAAUAACUUAAUCAUAUUAGCCUAUUUAAAAUGAGAAGGCUUACUCCGUAAUUAAAUGUCAAGUGAACUUAAGAAGUCUUUAAACAAAGGUUAAACGCCGCCUAGCUCUUCUCAUAAAAAUACAAGUCGCCUGCAUACAGUAAAGCUGCAUAACAAAGUACGCUAAGCUUAGUCUUGUUAGACAGCGCUCGGGCGAGUAGUUUUCUUUUUAUGAUAAUGGUUACCCAACAAUUAAAAACUAAAUUAAAAAGAUAUUUACUAAAUUUUACACUUUGCUUACCCAAACACUUCAAAUAUCUCUUGAUCGGCGACGUGAACAGAAAAUAAAUAUUUCUGGUCUAUCGAAGUAGUACGGUACUCGAAACGCGUAGUGUAAACCGCAUGCGCAAGGGAAAACCACUAGCUCUCUGGCAACAGAAAGGCUAAAAAUAGACGAGAUCGGCGAUUAACGUCUAUUUUCAAGGAAUUUUCCUGGUUUUUCGCGAAUUCUGUUGCACGUUGAUUCUUUAAAAAAAAAAAACCCAGACAGAAUCCGUAUUAGAAUAAAUUGAACUGACGAAUCCGGAAAGAGAGAACAUAAAAACUCGCGAAUCCGGAACUGAAAAAUAUUUAGCCUCACGAAUCCGGAAUUCCGGGAUAACCCGGAAAAGUGGCACCCCUGGUGGAGAUGCAGUCCAUGUUUAAAAAUGACAAACGAGUUCGUACUUUAAAAAUUCAUAACUUUAAAACUACAACAGCUAAAAAUAUGAUUUUGGUGUUAUAAUUCUUUAAAAAAUUAGGUCUAUUCAACUAUGCCAUUGACCAUUGGCAUGGGUUUAUUUUUUUAUUGGUGACCUAAAUUAAUAUUUCUUUCUUUCAAAAUAUUAAAAAUUCAUUUGAUACAUUGAUUUAGUAGUAUAAUAAAUUUUAAAUUUAUAGUAUUGUAUUUAUGCCUACCUAUUCAGUAUUCUCCACUACUUUAACUACUGUCACUUGGCGUAGGUCACUAGGAGGUACUAUCAGUGAUAGUGAUUAUGUUAGUAUCAUAUGGCAUGGCAUGGCAUGGCAGUGUGGGCAACUGGACUAGCUUUAGAACUUCUAGAAUUAUUAAAAAUGUAUCUUAAAAAUCACUUUUGCGUAAAGAAAUAAUUAAAACAAUUUAGGCCUGGUAAUCCGUUAUUUUAGUGCUUUAAGCCUUAUAAUUAUAAGGGUUAAAUCUGAGUCCUGGAAUAUUUUUUUUUUUUAAUUUUAAUUUAGCUCAAACUGGAACAUUGUAAACCUCCAUUUGUGAUUUUUUAAAAAUAUUUAAAAAUUAGUUUACGAGAGUAAUCUACCUUUAAAAAAUAUAAUUUGUGAUUCGCAUUUAAAAUAUUAAUUUCGUUCCAGGCCAAUUUGUAACACCGUCGCAGGAAACAAAUGGGAAUAACUUUCAAAUUUAAAAAAAAAAAGUAUUUAAAAAGAAAAAAAAGGCUGCAUCUAUUGGUACCUACCUUGUGAUUUAGGUCAAGUAAAAUGAGAAAGUUUGUUGAAAGCAGAUUCGAGAUAUCAGGCAAAACAGUCAGUGUCCUCAUUUAUGACUCCCAGUGCCAAGGAAAAAUUUUAAAAUUGGUGGUUUUGUUCUGACUAAGCCAAGCUCUCUAGUUGAAAUUAAUUCAUUAUAAAUGAAAUUUUCAUUAUUUAGAAUGCCUAAUUAAUUCAUAAAGUACAGUGUGACUGUGUGAUUAAAUCUUUUAACUUAAACAAUACACAUAAAUAAUCUAAAAUAAAAGAUUUAAUUUUACUAAUUAAAUUUUAAAUUAAUAUUAUUACUUUUCUUAAAUUCAAAUGAAAACCAUAAAUGUAUCUAAAUCAUCUUCAUUACUAGAUUUUUUUUUUAAAAUUGAUCUACGAAAAUGGCUUAAACUAAAAAAGAAAAUUAGAAAGAAGAAAAAAAUCUACUGGUACUAAGCAAAAGUAAAAAGCAAAAAUAAAAUAAAAAACACCUAAAAAGAAUAAAACUAUGAAUCUGUGAAAUAACAAGGAGAAAAAACAAUUAAAAAAAAAAAAAUUCUCAUCCUAUUAUUGUUAUCACACCCGGCUCCGAAGCCAUUUAAUCUAUAUGGAGCCACUCCAGGUGCGAAUAGUUAUUAUGACAUUAUUUACAUAAAAUUAACCAAAUCAAUAAUUAUCUGUACCAAUUAUUUUAUUUUAUAUUUAAUGUUUUCUAAUAAUGCUUUGUUAUUUCAGAUGUUAGAUUCAGCUUUUUGUAGAAACCUUCAAAAUGGCGGCGUCUAUAAGAGUUGUCCUUUGUUUCAACACAUCGGAAUGUUUAACUCAUUUGAUUAAUUGCCAACCUCAAUGCAGUAAAAUAUUUACAAGAAAUGUAUGUAUUAUCAGCUUAAUCUAAUGUUUUAUCGUUGUAAAUGCAAUACAUAUUAAAUAACAUUAAUCAUUAUGCCUAGCUGGCUCUCCAGUCUCCUUGCUAAACGGCUAAACUAAUACUAAUACUAAUAGUAGGUACUUUGAUAAGAAAAUUAAAACUUUGUAUAAAAAUAAACCAAUGAUGCCAAUGGCAUAGGCAUAGUUGAAUAGAGCUAAUUUUUAACAAAAUUAUAACACUAACACCAAAAUCAUACUUUUAGCUAUUGUAGUUUUAAAGUUAUGAAUUUUUAAAGUAUGACUUAGUUUUUCAUUUUUUAACAUGGACUGCACCCCCACAUUCUGUGACCCAAUGCCGCUGUUCGCGUCACGAGCUAUAUAUACAAACCUCGGUUUAAUGAUAAUUUUAUACGACUUUUAUUUUCAGAACUAAUUAAUUUUAAUAAUGUUAUAAAAUUAUAUAUAAAUUAUAGUAUUCAUAGUUUAUCUAACUGUGCACUAUGUAUAACAAUAAAUUUAAAAUAGCGUAUGGCUACAAAAUCUACAGCGUCCAUUAUACGGUAUAGCUAUGUAGUUUAUAUAAGGCAACGCACCCCCUAAAAUAUUGUAUGGGAUCUACUUAUUUUGAACUUUCAACUUUGGCACAUGACUAAUUAACUAAAGCUUUCCCUGACCAAUGGUGUUAAUAGUUUUUGCACAUGGCAAACACUUAUGAAUGAAACUUGAGGUAGUACUACGGCAUAGCAUUAUGCAAAUGGCUGAGAAUGGUUUCCCAUGACGUUUUGCACACAGUCAAUUCUGAUCGUUAAUAAUAUGGACUCUACCGAGUUUUUAAAGCUCAAAUUUAAACAUUCUAGUUUAAAUGUCUUCAAAAUGCAUUCUGAAACACAAGUUAUCAAAUAUUUUGAUGUAUAUAGAGGUAAUAAUGAAUAUUUCCUAAGCUAAGUAUCGGCAUUUUCCGCCAUUUUAAAGGGGGCGGGAUCUCUAAUCCAAUAUGGCCUCUGCGACCUUUGCUUAAUGAGGUCAACGUUGAAGAGAAUUGUGAAAAUAUUUCAUGAGCUAUCCCAAUGAAAUUUUGCACAUGUGCAUCAAUAACAAAUUAUGCAGCCCUACUUUUAAUAUGAAAGACCUACUUUGAAUAUUUAGACCGAAUUUUUUAAUGCGAAGUUGCCUUAUUUUGACAUACGAUUUUCCUCACUUAAACUUAAAGUUGAGGUAAAGAACAAAUUAACUCAAUGGGAAUGUAGUUCAAUAUUUCUCCUAUUGUCAAUAGGCGGAUUCAAACCUUAAUUAUGGGCCAAAAGGACUCAUAAUUUAUUCAAAUUACAUGCACAUGAAAAAAUUAAAAACUCGGAUUCCAUUACGCCGACGCCCAUUUCCGAUACAAAGUUUCUAGGAGUGUCUCUUGCUUCGGCGGAGAAUUAGCCUUGCUAAGCUUGCUUAUCUUACUUCACUUUCACUUAGUUAGACUGACUUAGUAUUUAGUAAGUCCACAACUUAAAGUAUUAUUGUUGGGUUUGUACGACACAAUUUGGUAUCAAAAGAAAGAUAAUUGAAUGCACUAUUCACUAUGUUUUACUAAUUACUUACUUAACUUAUUAACUUACUCAGUGAUAGGUACUUCGAUAAAAAAUUUAAUGUUUUUGUAAAAAUAAACCAAUGGCAUAGUUAAAUAGAGCUAAUUUUUUAACAGAAUUAUAUUAAUUAUAACACCAAAAUCAUAUUUUUAGUUGUUGUUGUAGUUUUAAAGUUAUGAAUUUUUAAAGUACAACUUGGUUUGUCCUUUUUUAACUAUUAACAUGGACCGCAUCUGCACAUUCUGUGACCCAAUACCGCUGUUCACAUCACAAGCUAUAUAAGUUUCAUUUUAAUGAUAAUUUUAUAUAUUGUUAUUUUCAGAACUAAUGCUGUAUAAGUAUUAAAAAUUUUUUUUAAUAAUGUUAAACAAUUAAAGAUAAAUUGUAGCUUAUCUCACAAAGCAAUGGCAAUAUGUAUAUCAGUAAAUUUAAUAUAAUCUAUUAAUAUAUUAUAUGGUUUUUCUGUUUACCAAAUCUACCGCGUCCAUUAUACCGGUAUAUUCUAUAUAAUCUAUAUAAGGCAAUGCAUCCCCUUACUUUGUUAAAUAGUUUUUGCCCACGGCCAACUUUUAUGAAUGAAAGCACUGAGAUAGUACGGUAUAGCCAUUAUUCCUGUAACUGAAUGGCUGUCCAUGGCCAUGAAAUUUUGCACACAGUAAAUAAUGAUCAUUUAUAAUAUGGACUCUACUGCUUUUUUUUUAUAUCUCAAAUAAAAAUAUUAUUCUUUCAAUAUUAUUUAAGUUCAUUCUAAAACAUAAAUUACCGGUAUCAAAUAUUUUUAUGUAAAUAAUGGUAAUAAUUAAAUAUUUGCUAAGUAUACCCAAGUGACAAACCAAUGUUGCCUUUCAUGGUAAAAGAUUUAGAAAAAAUUUUAAGAGUGGUUAUGUCUCAUUUCAUUAAACCCAAAACACUUGAGGAGGUGAAUACUAUAGGAAAAUUACUAAAAGUUUAAAGAAAAUCAGAUAAAGAAUCAAAAAUUCAUUCAGAAAUAGAGAUUGGUUUUGUUGCCGAGGGGCUUCUCAAGGAAGCAAGAGUAAAGAAAUUAAUUAGCGACAAAGGCAUUUUGGAAUCAAAAUUACAUUGCAGAGAGAAGAUUGCAAUUCUGGUUGAAAAACUUACAGAAAAGACUCCACUAAAUUACAAUUUAGUAAGACACAUGAGUUGCCUAGACCCAGAACUAAUUCAAAACAGAGAUAUUGACUAUAACUUGACUAGUUUUAGACAUGCCCUGAACAUUUUAGUUUCUCUUAAAAGAAUGUAUUUAAAUGAUUGGGAUGAAAUUCUUUCUGUAUUUAGAGACUCUUGGGGUGUUAAAGUAUUCCAAUGAAAUAUCAACAUGUUAUAAAGCUGAAGGAAGACUUGAUUGUCGAUAUCAUUCAUUGAUAAAUGCAAAAAAAAAGUUUUCAAAGCUAUGGCCUAUUGUAAUAUUUUAUUGCUUCUGUGACACAGACAAGCAACUGUUGAUCGUGGAUUUUCUUUGACCCGCGAUGUCAGUCAAACAAACAUAUCCCAGAAGGUUUUAGGUAGCAAACGGAUUAUAAAAGACCAUAUUGAACAUGUGGGAGGCCUUGUUAACAUUUUCGUGACAAAAGAACUUUGGACUGCCGCUCAACAAGGUAGACAGCUUUACAAUGGGUAAAAGAACUGAGGAAAGCAGAAGCAAACGUCUUCAAAAAGAAAGUUGGCAGAGACUGAUAUAGAUGGAUUAAAAUGUAAAAAAAAAACAGAAGCUGAAGAACGUCAUUGUAAUUUUGAGAGAAGAUGCAGACAAGACUGCAGAGAAAGCUGAGACUUUGCAAAGCUUUCCUCAUCUUUCUAAAGCAAAUGCAAUAAGUAAGGGCAAGAGAAAAGUGGCAACAACUCACUAAGAUUAAUGUUUAAAUUGAGGACAAGAUGAAGUUUUUAGGGAACUUUUAAAUAGUAUCUUCCCUUAAAAUUAAUCAUCCUCCAUAAAACAUUGAAUUUCUAACAUAUUUUUCAUCUUUUUGUAUUUAUUUUUGUGUUUACAUAUUUGGAAUUAUCUUAUUCUCAUAUAGGUAUUUCAUUUAGCAUUUCCAACCCCCCCCCCCCCCCUUUUUUUUUUAAUUGCCACUGUCUCUCUAUCACUACCUACCUUUUUUUUUUCCCCGCUUCCACACAAUUAAAAGACAUACACUGAAUUAUGAAAUAAAUGACUUUAUAUUUUUUAUAAUUCAGUAAUGCAAAUGGCUGAGAAUGGUUUCCCAUGACAUUUUGCACACAGUCAAUUCUGAUCGUUAAUAAUAUGGACUCUACCGAGUUUUUAAAGCUCAAAUUUAAAAAUUCUUGUUUAAAUGUCUUUUAAAUGCAUUACUGUAUUAGAGUCCUGGGAUUGGAAAAAAUGGUUGGUAAGAAUAUUAUUAGUAUAUUGCAUUAUUGUAAGUUUUUAUAUUUUAUCAUUGCUGUCAUUAUUUUGCAAAAGCUGUACCAGCAUUGUAAAUGUUGUAAUGUCAUUAUUAAUUAGACCAUCUUUUCAAGGCACAAGCUUGAUAGUAUCUGUCACAAUAAUGUCCAUAAAAUCGCAUUUUUAUCUAGUCAUGACCUUUCUUUUUUCAGUUGGGAAAAAGUGAGGAAUUAGUUGUUGUUUUUUUUUAAAGUGAGAAGAAUGACAAUAAAAUGGACAACACAAACUUUACAUACCGGUAACAUAAAGAAUUUUUUUUUUUUGAUAAUUUUAUUUGACUGAGUUCAGACAUCCUAAAAUGAAAAUUUUGAAAAAUUAUUGCUUUUAGAGACAAAAAGUUUUUAAAAAAUUUUAUUUUUAUCAAAUAUGCUUAAGUUAUAUUUUAAACCAAUGCUAAUAUUUACAAAAGGGUAAGUCUUUUUAAACCAUAAAAUUGAAUGCAAGAAAUAAUCAAUUGCAAAAAUAAAAAAAUAAGCCGUAAGACUAAUAUUAAUUAAGAAUAAGAGGAUAUCAGAGCAUGCUUAAAAGAUAAUGAGGAUGUUCUGCCUGUGUUAUUUUCUGGGUAGACUGCUCUAUAGACUUCUUUGUCUAGUUGACGAAUCCCACAAUCUCUCCUUCAAAAACUUUGCCUUAUAUUUACCCAGGAAUUUCUAGUAUUGGGGUCGAAUGAAAAGGCAAAGAAUUAUUAUUUCAUAACUAUCGGUUAAAUUUACAUAAUACAUAUAUAUUAUAUAAAUUUAACUUAUAUGAAUGGUGUUUUUUUUUGUUUUUUGCUGAUGAAGGUAUUUCCCGAAAUGUUUACAUUUGUAUUCUGUGUUAUCAUUGUUAAGGCUUGUAACACAUGUUAUAUUGCCGAUAUUGCAAUAACAUGGUUAACUAUUUCUGCAGUGGAUGGCCUGCCGUUAUCACUUGAGUAAUUGAUUCAUUCACCCCCCAAACUUAUCUGUUCUCUCUCUCACCAAUUAGGUGGCAACGUCCAAUGAAUAAUUUAUACAGUACUUUAUUACAUAAAAUAGAUGAGUUGAAUAAUAAAUCUUGCUAUGAGUAUAUUUUAGUGACAAUGAUAGGAUGCAAUGAAUAAAUACACAUUCUACAUUAUUCAAUCAGAAAAAUACUUUUAUAAUCCAUACGAAAAAAAUUCAACAUGUCCGACAUCUCCAAGAAACAAUCGUGCACACCCUUUUUACUCUAUUCGUGUAUUAUAUCUCCGCUAUAAAAAAAUAGUUCCCGCUUUCUCGUGAUUCACAACGUUAUGAUAAAACUACUACGCCAUCCUGUCGUAAGGAUGAAUAUUGGGGUCGUUUGUAAAAUCACAGCCAACUUGGUCUGUUACAAAGCUGAACCCAUAUUGUUUUAUUAACAAAACUUUGUUAGCGUCUCAGUAAUCAGAUCUUUACAUGUAGUACCGGUAUUAGAAUUCCAGCCUUGCUUUAACUUUAAAAUGUGAUUAGUAUGUUUUAUUUUUGAAUUGUUAACUGUUUAUUUUAUUAAUAUUUUUUUUUUUAAUACAAGGCUUCAUGGACAGGUUUUUUCAAAAAGUCGAAAGGAACAGAAGGCCAAGAGAUUGAAACUCGUAGGAUGACCCCAUUGGAUGGACCAACCACGGUGUCUCGGUUAGAAUCACUCAAAAAGAAAACGUAAGUCAUUAUAAAGAGCGUUGCUGAUUUUUCUUUUUUGUGUGUGUCUGUAAUGCUUGAUUUAACAUUUACAAAGUGUUGCAGUUUUAAAGAAAUUUAAAAAAAAAAAAUAAACAAAUGUGGUGAAGUGUUUCAUUUAAAAAUAGAUGUUUACUUUUCUAGUGAACCCACUUGGGUGUCCCCAUAAAAACUUAAAACUCUAGUUUGCUAAUGAAUGCUGAUUGCUCCUGUAUCUCCAUCAGUGACAAUAUGUCCCGACGAAACUGGCAAGGUGCCCCAUUUAAGCAAAAUGUACCAAAGUCCUUUUUUUUGUUGGUCUACUCCAAUCUGAAAGGAGCUGCGCAAUUAUGCAGUUAACAAAAGAAAUAAUUUAGAUAUCACAUUUAUAUUAAAAUAUUUUUAUCAAAACUAUCGUGGAAUGUAUGACUGUUUUAAACCCCAAUUUUAUAUUUCAAUCAAGGGUUAUCACAAGCAUCCAGGAAUUUUUUAGAUAGUGUUUAUCCUGAUUCAUACCCCAACUACAUUUUCUUAACUACAGAGUAUCCUGCAGCAUCAGGGGCUACAAGCCUCCUCAUGAUGUUGAGAACAAAGUCCUCACCACAGCCAAUGUGAUCAUAGGAAAGCAAGUGGAACCAAGUUAUAACCUCAGUGACAGACUGAUCAAAUUUCAGGUGAGCGGUUUCAUUCACUUCUUAGAGUCUUACAGGAUUGUUAUAAUACACUAACAUUUGUUAAUAAUAAUUACUGAUAUGUUAAUAUUGAUGGACUUCUGGAACAUUUAUGUUUGUCAUUUGAGCCAAAUAUCUGUUCUUUCUGGAUCAUUUCAUAAAGACAUGUGCAUGAUUAGAAGAUGGAAAAACAAGUUACAGGGUUCUCAUUGUUAAGGAUAACAACAUGAAAACUCAACCGUAGCUGAAGAAAAAUGGAAUUUAUCCUGCCCUUAUUUAAAUUUAAAAUUGUUGAAAACAAUGGAAAUUCACUGUGGGGACACACACACACACAACCCACCCCCAAAUUUUAUUCUCCUGGCUCGUGAUGAGCCUUUGGUCCACCAGUAGACUCAGUGUAUAGAUAGACGAGUUUGCCUGAAAAUGCUGCCACAUUAUUGCAAGCUGAGAUCAAAGUAAGCUAGUUGAUGAGAUUCCAUCCCAUUCUCGACGUCUCUGGCACAUGUUUGUGGUAGACAAUGGCUUGAGAAAUACUUUAAAUGGCUUAUGUUUAAAAUGUUUCUAUUUUUAACAGAAGAUGGGCAAUGUCAUAAAAACACAUUUUCAUUUAAUCAGAUCAAUAAAUACAAAAAUCUUAUCUUAUCUUAGACCAUUGGUUUAGAAACAGUGUUAAAAUUUAUUACAGCCAAUAUCAUAUUCAUUUUUAUUUUAACAACUGACCAAACAAUAUUAAUAGUGAACAUUUCAAGAGAUUAAACGUCAGCUCCUUCAGUUACAUUACUGACAAAAAGUGACCACUAAAUUUUGAUGCUGAAUUUCUAUCAAUUAAUUUUAAAGCAAAAAUAGUGUUUGAACAUAUGAGAGAAUUUGUUGCGAUGUUUUUAUGUUUCAGCUUUUAACUAAACUGAUGACAGAGCUGGACCAUCCGAUCCCCAACACGGAGCUCAGCACCAUGAACACGCUAGAUGAUGUGGUCAGGUUCUUCUCCACCCCCGUACACGACAGCUCCACUUACGAGGACAUGGCCAAGCUGAACCUGCCGAAGAAUGUGCAUAUCCAGUUGGAGCCGAUCAGGUUUGACCCUGAGACUGAUACUUUCUUUGAUGGGAAGACCGCCUUCCCCGGCCGCCCCACCAUAGUCACCAGUUUAAAAUAUAGUCGAAAGUACAAAGGUCAUUCGGGAGAGUCGAGAAAUGCCAGGAGUCUGACGAAUUUUGAAAAGGAGAAGCAGCUGCAGGAAGAUGCCGAAAAGAUGAAGUUUAAAAUAAAAUAGUGUGAUUUCUCUACAUUCAUAUUUGUUGAUUUUAUGUGUGUUUAACAUACAGUUACUAUUUUAUUACUAUAAUUUCAGCCAGCUUAAGCUUAUUAAAGUCUUUCAAAAGUUUUUUCUUUUGUACUACAAAGGUUUCCUUUAUUUAACAUCUUUGAUAGAUUAAUCUGAUCAAUUAAUAAACUUGAAGCUAUUUAUUAAUUUA